GUGGCGCCUGCGCACUGGGAGCGCUCAUUGUGCCCCGCAGCUGCCGAACCGCCCGCCUGCCCGCCCGCCGCCCGUUCGGCGCGUCAGUCGGCGAGAGUCCGGUGGUGGGUGCGGAGCCCGAGGCCGUUCCCGCGGCCUCAUCUUCCUCCCCGUCCUCCUCGUCCCUAUCCCUCACCCUGUGGCCCCCAUCCCGGCUCCGUCACCCUCCCGCCCCCUACACUCAGGACGAGAAUGCCCUGCCCGGAACAACCUAGCAGCGCCUAGAUGGCUUUGGUCACGGUCCAGCGGUCGCCUACCCCCAGCACCACCUCCAGUCCCUGCGCCUCGGAGGCUGACAGUGGGGAGGAGGAAUGCCGGUCGCAGCCAAGAAGCAUCAGCGAGAGCUUUUUAACUGUCAAAGGUGCUGCCCUUUUUCUACCACGGGGGAAUGGCUCGUCUACACCAAGAAUCAGCCACAGACGCAACAAGCAUGCAGGUGAUCUCCAACAACAUCUUCAAGCAAUGUUCAUAUUAUUACGCCCAGAAGACAAUAUAAGACUGGCUGUAAGACUGGAAAGUACUUACCAAAAUCGAACACGCUAUAUGGUAGUUGUUUCAACUAAUGGUAGACAAGACACUGAAGAAAGCAUUGUCCUGGGAAUGGAUUUUUCUUCUAAUGACAGUAGCACUUGUACCAUGGGCUUAGUCUUGCCUCUCUGGAGUGAUACCCUAAUUCAUUUGGAUGGUGAUGGUGGAUUCAGCGUAUCAACAGAUAACAGAGUUCACAUAUUCAAACCUGUAUCUGUGCAAGCAAUGUGGUCUGCACUACAGAGCUUGCACAAGGCUUGUGAAGUGGCCAGAAUGCAUAACUACUAUCCAGGCAGUCUUUUUCUCACUUGGGUGAGUUAUUAUGAGAGCCAUAUCAACUCAGAUCAAUCCUCAGUCAAUGAAUGGAAUGCUAUGCAGGAUGUGCAGUCUCAUCGGCCUGACUCUCCAGCCCUCUUCACAGACAUACCAACUGAACGUGAACGAACAGAAAGGCUUAUUAAAACAAAAUUAAGGGAGAUUAUGAUGCAAAAGGAUUUGGAAAAUAUCACAUCCAAAGAGAUACGUACAGAGUUGGAAAUGCAAAUGGUGUGCAACUUGCGAGAAUUCAAGGAAUUCAUAGAUAAUGAAAUGAUAGUGAUCCUUGGUCAGAUGGAUAGUCCUACACAAAUAUUUGAGCAUGUGUUCCUGGGCUCAGAAUGGAAUGCCUCAAACCUAGAGGACUUACAGAACCGAGGGGUACGGUACAUCUUGAAUGUCACUAGAGAGAUAGACAACUUCUUCCCCGGAGUCUUUGAGUAUCAUAACAUCCGAGUAUAUGAUGAAGAGGCAACGGAUCUCCUGGCUUACUGGAAUGACACUUACAAAUUCAUCUCUAAAGCAAAGAAACAUGGAUCUAAAUGCCUUGUGCAUUGCAAAAUGGGGGUAAGUCGCUCGGCCUCCACUGUGAUUGCCUAUGCAAUGAAGGAGUAUGGCUGGAAUCUGGAUCGAGCCUAUGACUAUGUGAAGGAAAGACGAACAGUGACCAAGCCUAACCCCAGCUUCAUGAGACAACUGGAAGAGUACCAAGGGAUCUUGCUGGCAAGCAAACAGCGGCAUAACAAACUCUGGAGAUCUCAUUCAGAUAGUGACCUCUCGGACCAUCACGAACCCAUCUGCAAACCUGGGCUUGAGCUCAACAAGAAGGAGAUGACCACGUCAGCAGACCAGAUUGCUGAGGUGAAGACUGUGGAGAACCUUGCAGCCAUGCCUCCCGUCUUUGUGGAGCAUGUGGUUCCACAGGACACAAGUCAGAAAGGGGUUCAUACCAAAGAAAGAGUCAUCUGCCUGGGGUUUUCUUCACAGGAAUUUCAUGCUGGACAGAUUGAGGAUGAAUUAAACUUAAAUGACAUCAAUGGAUGCUCAUCGGGGUGUUGUCUCAGUGAAUCAAAAUUCCCUCUUGACAACUGCCAUGCGUCUAAAGCUUCAAUCCAACCUGGACAGGCCUCAGAAAUGGCCAACAAGUUCCCAGACUUAGCACUGGAAGAUCUGGAGACAGAUGCACUGAAAGCAGACAUGAAUGUCCACUUAUUGCCAAUGGACGAGUUGACAUCUCGACUGAAAGACCUUCCCAUGUCACCUGAUCUGGAGUCACCAAGCCCCCAACCCAGCUGCCAAGCUACCAUCUCUGAUUUUAGUACAGAUCGUAUUGAUUUUUUUAGUGCCCUAGAGAAAUUUGUAGAGCUUUCUCAAGAAACCCGGACUCGAUCCUUUUCCCACUCAAGGACAGAAGAACUAGGCGGAGGAAGGAGUGAGAGCUGUCGCCUGUCAGUGAUGGAAGUGGCGCCUUCGGAAAUGACCGCUGAUGACCAGAGAAGCAGCUCUUUGAGUAAUACUCCCCAUGCAUCUGAAGAAUCUUCAGUGGAUGAGGACCAGUCAAAGGCAGUCUCAGAACUUGUCAGCCCAGACAUCAUCAUGCAGUCUCACUCAGAAAACGUAAUUUCAGUCAAAGAAAUUGUCACUGAAAUUGAGUCCAUUAGUCAAGGAGUUGGGCAGGCACAGUUAAAAGGAGACAUCCUCUCUAACCCAUGCCAUACACCAAAGAAGAACACCAUCCAUGAGCUGCCCCCGGAGAGAGCACAGGCCCCUGAGAACAAACCUGGACAAUUGGAGCAGGACGAGAGUUUCUAUGCAGUCCAGCCUGAAGUAGCUGAAGACAUAGGGAAGUGCAACCCAGAAGGCUGUCUAACUGCACACCCAUCCACAGUAGAUUUGGAAGAAGAGGAACUGGUUGAGGGAGAAUAUGACUGGGGCCCAGGGAUGCACCCUGGUGCCAAGUGGUGCCCUGGGUCUGUGAAGCGAGCCACCCUGGAGUUUGAAGAGCGCUUGCGACAGGAGCAGGAACACCAUGGCACUGCCCCUACAGGUACCACAUUGUCUAACCGCAAAAACUCUAAGAACGAUUCUUCUGUGGCAGACCUAAUGCCAAAAUGGAGAAGUGACGAGACCACCCCAGAACAUUCAGAGAUGAGCAAGGGGAAAGGGAAAUGCAGUGGGUCCGAGGCUGGACCACUAUCCCACUGUGAGCAUACCCCUGCUCCAACCCCCGAGCUGCUGGAGAGUCAUCUCUUGCAAGCUCCUCAAGACAGCCUAGGACCAGAUACUGGAACUAAGAAGCAGGAAGAAGACUUGAAGAAGCAGAGGACUGUGACUCCAAACCCAGGAUGUGAGACCCAGGCCUUCCCUCUUCCCCUUCCCAAGAGAAUAGAAAUCAUUGAGUACACACAGACAGUUACGUCACUUGAUCACACUGAGCUAGGAGGUGAAACUGCACCCAUCAAAGAGGAUGAAAAGCAAGGGCUGAGGAAGGUGAAGACGGACAGGCCUGUCACUAUGUUUUGUGCGCUGGAUGAAAAUCUGAACAGGACUCUGGACCCCAGCCAAGUUCCUCUGCAUCCCCAAGUGCUACCUCUGCCUCACUCUUCCUCUGAGUAUGACAGGCUCACUGACCAGACCCCCAUGCUAAGUAGUCCUGAAGACAAGGGAAACAGUCCUUCAACACCCUUUGAGAAAGCAGCACCUUUGGUCAGUUGCAGUGCCCACAUAGCAUCUGUCAGCUUGGACUACCCUCAUCCCCUGUCUGUGGUCCACCUGGAAGGCUACACAGAGCAGUGCAGCACCACGGACAGUGAGCCAUCAACAGAGCAGGCUAGCUGGGAAGAUGGCCAGGAGGGCUUCCUUUCCCAUGGCAGUGCAGUGGCGUGCAGGGUCUCUCAGUUAAGUAAUGAAGACCUAAGUUUAAUUAACAAACUUGGUGACAGCGGUGGGGUGUUACAGAAUAAACUGGACCUAUCAUCUGAAGCUUGUCGAAUCCCACAUAGCUCUAGUAGUGAAAAUAUAAGAAAUCUCAGCCACAGCCCUGGUGUGGUGAAGGAGCGUGCUAAAGAAAUUGAGUCUCGCGUGACCUUCCAGGCAGGGCUCACCAAAACAUCACAAAUGAGGCGCUCAGCUUCUCUUGCCAAGUUGGGUUAUCUGGACCUUUGUAAAGACUACUUAGCGGAGAGAGAGCUUCUCUCCCCAGAAUCCCCUCAUCUUAAAUUGCUUCAGCCCUUCAUCAGAACAGACUCAGGCAUGCAUACCUUGAUGACCCAGGAACCCUCCGAAAGCCCAGAUGCCCACCAGAACCCACAGCCCACCAAGUACUUUGUAGAGCAACUCAGAACGACAGAGUGUGUUGUGCAGAGCAAGCCAGUAGAGAGGCCCCUUGUGCAGUAUGCCAAAGAAUUUGGGUACAGCCAGCAGUGUUUGCUCCCCAAGGCCAGAGCAGAAUUGACUAGUUCUGAAGUAAGCCUCCCUUUGCUACAGACACCGGGCCUGCAGUGUACAGGUCCCACUCCAGGGCUGGCCGUGGCACCCCGCCAGCAACAUGGCAGAACUCACCCACUUAGGAGACUGAAAAGAGCAAAUGAUAAAAAACGGACAACCAACCCCUUCUAUAACACCAUGUGACCCUGAGCCCGCACACAUGACUUUCUAAGAGAGAUGUUUGUAAAGGGGCGCUGUAAUAUGUAAGGAACAUGCACUUUAUUGGUUAAUUUUAUAAUAUUUUGGUCAUUUUACUGUUCCUAGCUCAUGCGGGGUUUGGGUUGGUUUUUCCGUGUGUGUGUGUGUGUGUGUGUGUGUGUGUGUGUGUGUGUACGUGUGUACGUGUGUACAUGCGUGUGUGGUGUACGUGCGUGCGUGCGUGCUGAUUUGGAUGGCAAGAUCAUUUUAUCACUUUUUAUUUUUCAAAAAUUCAAACCUCAAUUUUUUUUUCAAAGAGCACCUUUAUCAAAGGCAAAUUGCUGUUUUUCAAUCUCCUGCCACCUGCCUCCUUCUCAUUGAUUUCCCUAUGAGAAAGACAGGCCUGCUUGGUUGAGGGAAAGAAACAGAGGGUAGGUGGCACUGAGGUUAGAAAUUGGAGAUGGCCAGCCAGGCCUGAGGCGGCCUGCCCCCAGGGCAGCGGGAGGUUGCUGCUCCCAGCCUCCCUCCCCAGCCCUUCUUUGGAGGCCAUGAAGUUGCAGGGUCUGCUCUGCUCUGAGAGGCAAUUUCUUCUGGCAUCCAAAAACAUCAAUCAUUACGAAAAAGGGAUUGGUGAUUGGCCUACAUAGAUAGAUCGAAUUCUAGAUUGCAAAUAAUUUUCCCCUAGAAAACAGUCUGAAAAUCUAAGGGAACCCUAAGCAAAACUCAUGGACAUCUGUAAAGAAACACAUUUUAAGAGAAAAGGUUGAAGGCAAAAGUGGAAAAGCAGCUACUGAGUGACUUCCGGGUUAGUGGGAUCCACAGGUGGGGCCUGGCCCCUCUGCCAGGUGACAGGCUGUGUCACAGCCUCCCAACUUAAGACCUGGAAACAGGCUUGAAAAACAGCAAAGUCGGUGUGUUCUUGUAAAAUGAAUACAUAUGUGGGAUUUUAACCCUUCCGUUACUUGAAUAUUCUGUGGCCUCCUGACUUUAAUGGCCAUACUUUUCCAAUUCAUUUUCUUCUCUCUUGCUGUUUUCCGUAUCCUGCCCCUCUCUUACUUUCACAAACUAUAUUUUAAUUGUUACAUUACAUACAUAUAAUCUAUUGGACACAAUUUUCUAUGUUAUCCUUGUUAACACUUGACAUAAGUUUUUUUUUCCCUCAUUUUCUUGGAAGGUUUGUCUUUUCUUUACAAUUCAUACACAGUAUUUAUGUACAUAAUGUCACUUCUGUAAUGUUUCAUUGUUGAUAUUCUGGGGUCUUUUUUUGGUUUAUUCUUUUCAAGGAGUAGAGUUGCCACUGGAAAACAGAGACACCAGAAAUAAGCUGAUCAUUGUUGAUAGAAGUCUACACAGUAUAUUGAUGGUGACUUUAAUUGUUUUCAGUGGAAACUUCUAAUUGCCAGCUCCUGCCAAAUUAUGCACUUCCUCUUCAGAAACCCCUACAGGCUCCCAUUAGAUCACCCUGAAUGCUGAAGUCCCAGAACAUUGUUUGCCAGAAUUGAAGCACAGCCAGGUAAUGUGUAUGCAUUGCCCAAAGUAGCCUCCUAGUGGGGCUGAGGCUUGGGAGCGGCUCAGCCAAGAGCACAAAUUGCAUUUAGGAUACCAUUGCUUUUUUGCUGUUGUGAUGGUCUUUAACACUGGAGGACCUGCUGUAAAUAAGCCUCUGAGAGUCUUACAGAAAACAUCUAACCUGAAAUGAAAUAAUCCACCACAGCUCACCAAAACCAAACGGCCUACAAAUUUGCUUCCUGCUUGCUUUUGUCGGUGUCCAUGACUGAGGGUCAUGUAGGUAAGAGCCAGGAACUUCAGUUCUUAUUCAAGCUCAGCCCUAAGAACAAGAAGACAGACAUACAGACCAUCAUCAGAGGCAGAAUUUGGAAGGAGAAGGUAGUAAGAUACAGAAAAGGGAAAUUGGAGCCACUUUCCAGUUCACCAGAGCUGUGGAUCCAGUUGCCAUAGUAAAGCCAUGGUUGAGUAUGCUGUCACUGCCGGGAGGAAGUUAGAGGCCAAUUGCUGCAAGUGUAUGGUGUGGAAGUUAUAUAUACCUGUGCUGUCUUUUGGUAGUUUCUUCAAGUGUCACAGCUUGUGAGUCCUGUAUACUUAUGUGUUGUCUCAUUAGGUCGUGUGUACCAGUGUGAGGGAGGCUUGGGAGGCAAGGUGGUGGAUUCGAGAGCUCAUCUGCUAAAGAGCCCUAUCUAUCAAUAUGAUGGGAGGGCAGGAAAUUAUGGUAGAGUGAGGAGUAUUUACAUGGAGGUUGAGUGGCAUCACUAAAAAUUAAUAAUAAAAGUUGGGUAUAGUGACCCACAUCUGUAAUCCCAGCACUGUGACUGAGGCAGGAGGAUCACUGUGAGUUGGAGACAAGCUUAGGCGACAGAGUGAGACCCUGUCUCAAAAAGUGACAUCUAUAUGCCACACAUUAUCAACAAUGGGCACUAUGCUCUCAAUGCAUUUCUCACAGCAGAGACUGAGAGAAACCCCUCUGAUGCUUUGUGGGGGUGAGGGAGGAUACCCGUUUGUGUUUUAAAGAAUGGGAGAAACCAUCUUGUGCUAUUUUCCUUCUUUAUUACAUUACCAUUUAACUCACCUGCCUAGGUGUCUCACACAGGGUCUGUAAUUCAGAUCGAUAUGCCAAAGGCUCUUGCCAGCCCUCCCAAACCCCCACAUGUGGGUAUUCUUAGUCAUGUUCAUGGCUAAGGCAGGUACAUAAGGAGCUGUUAGGGACUUUUUUGUUUUUAACUUCAACCUUUGAUAAUUUCAGAUUGCCUGUUUGCCUUUUCUGUUCGUGGAAAACCCAGACCUGACUGGUGAACAGCUAAGCAGGAAAAACUUUGACCUCCUGCUCAAUGUUGCUCUAUCUUUAUGUUUCUAAGACCACUGUAGUCCUGUCAGUGGUCCUGGAAGAGUGUGUGAGCACAUAAACAGGGUGACCUGACAUUCCUGUGCCUGGGAUAAUGGCCCAGGAGCAAACAGGAUUGGAACUGUAGCCUGGGUGGGACCUGGGGAGCAGGAAAGGGUCCCAGCCCAGCUGUUGGCUUUUAGGAACAGCAGCAGUGGAUGGUGUGUGGGCACAGGACGGUGGGGAGCACUCACACCUCGUUUUUGGUUGCUUCUUGUUCUUUUAAACACAUUUGCCCCUGCAUCCCCACCUCUUUAAGUGUUUUUCCUGCUCUAUACCUUUGUCUCUGCUGCUGUUUCCUUCUUUCUCAUUUCGGGAGCUACCAAGAGCUCCAGGAACAGCCUGAGAAUACAUCUAAGGGGAUGUUCUAAGGCCUCCUGCUCCUGAGCCCAGAUGUCUCAUCUGAAAAGCCUCAGAUACUGCAGCUCACAAGAGCCUUCACCAGGGAUUUCAUUUAGUAACGAUGUUCUGUGAGAGUUGGGCUACUUUUUUUUUUCUAAGAAAGCAUUAUGCAAAAAAGUUUUAAGGGCAUUUUAAAGAAAAGCCACUUUUUGGCUUUUUCAAACUAUUUGUGGAUACUUUGUUUACUUUGUGAGUGUUAAAAUAUGCAUCAUCUUGGUGGCCACUCAGGCACUAAAGCCAUGGCUGUCCUGUGAGUCCUCCCCCAGAGAAAUGCCAUACUAUUGUCAGCCCGUGUGGAUAAAGGUCAGAUGUGGCUGAUCCCCAUCUGUGUCCUGCACUCCUGUUCAGCAGUCUUUUUCCUCAGUGCUGGUGUGUCUCCUUAGUGAUGAUCGUGAUGGUGAAUGGCUAGUAUGGUGGUUUUAUUUUCAAUUUCUGAUGGUAGGUAGACAAGGUGACAUUUUCAUUGUUUCAGUACCAAUCCAACUUAAAGUAUCAUGGACGUUGUUAUCCUUCCAAACUAAAAGAUCAAGCAUGUACUGGACAUAAGUGUAUAUGUUGCCUCCAACUUAUCUGGUACCCACAUUAGGAAGAGGCCUGCCACCAAAGCAGGAAGCUGCACACUCCUUUCCCCCAGGCUUUGGGAUUUCUUGAUGCCAUGGAGAUCUAUUGAAAGGUGCUUCUUCUGUACUGCUCCAGCCUGAAGCGGAGGUAUCUAGGCCUGGCUUCUGCUAUGAAGAGAACCAGCCUCAUCUCAGUGUCCCAGAGAUCUAGGAUGGGGUUUCUAAACUGGAAUCAUCCCUCAUCAGCUUGAAGACAACCCCCCCCCCAGGUAUAUGGCUGAUGCUGCCAUCUGUCUCCACAGUGAUGCUGGUGGCGGUGUCCUGCCUACAGAGAGCUGAUACCCCAAAAGAAAAACUAAGGAACUAACCUAAUGUUUCCUAGUCAGUAAGCCCACUGGGAAUUGUUUGGUUUUAUGUUUUAUUUGAUGUGAUUUGUUUGGCAUAGCUAAAGGUGCCUUCCCCCCCCCCUUUUUUUUUAAUUUUGUUUUGUAAGACUUGUUCAAAACACAAACAAGUCCAAAAGACUUGCACUGACUGUUACCUUUGCCCAGACUACCCCAAACUUCUAUGCUCUCAUUUUAUUAAAUAAAAGCAGGUGCUCCCUGGAAUCUCUGGGACCUUUUUGAGGCAUUUAAAGCAGAAUAUAGAGUGGUCUCAUCUCCUUCCUUUAUCUUCCUGGUGGUUGGGAUGUCCCACUUGUAUAAUAGUUGUUUUUAUUAUUACUGAUGUGCUCCACUGUUUUUAAAUGUGAACUUGUGCGCAGAUGUGCAGAUUCAAUGUUCUUGUUACAGAUUGAAUAAAUUUUUAUUUUGAAGACAAAA